AUGCCUACCCGCCUCGCGUGGACUGCCCACUUGCUUCUCAGCGUCGCUUCACUUUUCUCAUCUCCAACUUGUUAUGAAACAUUUCUACUGCGGUCCUCGUACGGGAUUAGCACAGAUGCGCUGUCCUUUACCGAAGUGACGAAUGAGUCUGGCUGGACAGACGAAUUCCCUACAUCGACUACUUUAUCUUCCAUCGAGGCAAAGAUAUGCCCUAAACCACCGGGUUUGAUUUUGCGCAUUCAGAGUCUCUUGUCUAUGAGUCGCGAAGGAUCAAUGGUCCUGGGCGACUUCGGUGGUGAAUCGGUCCAAGACCGCUUUGAAUCUUUCCGAGCUUGCAGACACCAAUCAAUCCAACAUUGGAUGCCGUCUGUUGCCCAUGACACAUAUCCACUCCCGUCGUAUUCGAACUGUGAUGCUUGCAACACAGACUUCGAUAUUCAGUUGUUCAGAAACCAACCAGAUGGUCAUGUCACUAUAGUGAUGACGAGAUGGAUCAACCUAGGUUCCGGUCUCAGCUUGGAUGAUCCCCGAUGGAGAGUUCGUGCACCAGAUCUGUCAUGGGGCAGGCCUGAAAUGACCAAACUAAAUCCGAAAUACAUGGAUUUGAGUCCUCGACGUGCCUUUGAAGUCAUUACCGAUACCUCACUUGAAAAUUUGACUUUUCAAAAUCUCUCCUACCUCGAAGAUAUGCGAUAUGAAAGUGUGAUGGUACCGAUUCCAAGUGAUGCAGGUCCUUCCUGGGCUCUGUGGAAUGGGGCAACCGUGCCGUGA